CUGAGCACAUCACAUCUCCAUUAAUCUUUCUUCUCAGCAGCAAUGCCGAUUCACAAUUCGCUACGUCUAUAUAUCAGCAACGAUACGUUCACGCUCGAGCCAGUCUACAAUGAUCCUUCGAUCGUUACAGAGAACAUCGUUAUUCAACGGUCCACAGGACAGGUCCAGUUGAACGGAAGAGUCCCAUCGAAUGAGGAGGUCAUGAUGAUCUAUGGCGUCCUUGGGUUCAUUCGUCUGUUGGCUGGCGAGUACAUGAUCGUCAUUAUGGAUAGACAUAGAGUUGGACGCAUAGGUGAACAUGAUAUUUUUAAGCUGAAGGAUUACAGGAUCAUUCCAUUCUCACGCAAUAAUCUGGCACUUACUGAGGCACAGACUGGCGAGGAAGCAUCAUAUAUCUCCCUGUUGCAUUCCCAUUUACAGUCGGGCCAGUUCCAUUUUUCGUAUGGAUAUGAACUGACCCAUACAGUCCAGCGCCAGUCCGAGUUGAGAGGCAACACACUCCCCGUUUGGGAACGCGCAGAUGAACGGUUUUUUUGGAACUAUCACCUUCAGUCAAAGUUCAUCGAACACACAAGGAAUCGUAAAGACCAGGACUUGAGCAACUUCAUUCUGCCUCUCGUUAAUGGUUUCGUAGAGAUUAAGGCGACGGAGAUCAACAGGAAACCCUUCACUUUCGCACUUAUCUCUCGUCGAUCGCGUCACCGCGCGGGUACUCGCUAUUUCUCUCGUGGCGUGGAUGCACAAGGAAACGUCUCCAACUUUAACGAAACUGAGCAGAUCGUAAUCGUGGACUCUACUGCGCAAGGAACAAUGCCAUCUAUUCUAGGGAAGCAUGUCAUUCUUGCACACGUUCAAACCCGCGGGUCGAUUCCUAUUUUCUGGGCCCAGAUCAACAACAUCAAGUACACACCGAGAUUGCAGAUUUUUGACAAUCCACAGACUGAGAAUGCCUUCCGAAAACACUUUGAGGCUCAAAAGAAAUACUAUGGACCACAACUGGCGGUUAAUCUCAUCAAUAAGAAGGGCUAUGAGGAACCAAUGGGCUCCGCAUUCUCGAAGCAAAUCGAUAUCCUCGGCGAUCCGGACGUUAAGUACUACCAUUUCGAUUUCCACCACGAAUGCGGUAAAAUGAGAUGGCAUCGCGUGUCCCUCUUACUGGACCACUUGCAUAACGAACUUGUCUCUCAAGGGUAUUUCAAGGCGGAAGUGACCGAGGGUAUUAUUCAGCAGGUGUAUCAAAGACAAUCGUCAGUUGUCCGCACCAACUGUAUGGAUUGCUUGGAUAGAACAAAUGUUGUGCAAUCUGUUAUCUCCCGAUGGGUAUUAAAUCGCCAACUCCAGGAGUUGGGCAUAUUGGCCCCUAAUGAAAAGUUCGAGUCUUCAGAACAGUUUGAAUUUCUGUUUCGUAAUGUGUGGGCCGAUAAUGCGGAUGUUGUCAGCUGUGCGUACUCGGGCACUGGAGCACUAAAGACCGACUUUACAAGGACUGGAUCCCGCACAAAGGUUGGCGCCCUUCACGAUCUUGAAAACUCGAUCAUUCGUUAUGUCAAGAAUAACUUUUUAGACGGAACGAGACAAGAUGCAUACGACCUCUUUCUUCUGUACGACGUGCAUGAUGCAGAAUCAUAUCCACUUAUCGAUAACCGCCCCUUGCACCUCAAACUGAUGCCUCUCGGGGUUGUUGUUGGACCUGCCAUGCUGAUAGCAUGCGCCAUCCUCCCAGAGAGUAUCUUCAGUUCUCAUGUUAUUUUAUUCGCGUCCUUCUGGGUCGCGGUAGUGGUCUAUACCAUGCACUUCAUUGUUACAAAUGGCGUCCACUAUGUCAACUGGCCGAGGCUGGUUCCAUUGAACUACGAUCUUCAGGCUAGUCAGUUCCCUGGGAUCCAAUCGGAACCAACUUUGGGCACUGCUGAAGUUGAACUCGGCUGGAAGAAUGAGUGAUACGCAAUAAAGUACCAGACCAACAGCCACAAUCAUCUCAUAAGCCUGGUUCUGGUGUAUCGGACACAACACCAGUAUAUCAAUAUGCUGUC